AUGCUGGGAUGGCUGACUCGCUGCCUUCCGGGGCUUAGCAUUAUCGCCCUCGGCGUCCUGCUGCUGGGUGCUUUCUCCGACAUCCUCAAGUCGACGCUGUGGAAGAGCUUCUUGCCGCCCAACCCAGUGCAUCCCGGCAAACCCCCGCCGCAAGAUGGUUUCUGGAGCGGGCUCAACCCGGCCCAGGGCAUCUUUAUCGUGUAUGCAGUGCUCAUCCAUUGUCACAUGUUCGGCUUCACGAUGCGCCUGGCAUGGUCCAUAUUCAGCGCGACCAGACACGCCAAGCAGUCCUUUAAUCGGCGUAUAUGGUGCAAGCCGGCCCAGUCCCCCCAGAUGACGGGCGAGGAGCUUAUCGAGCAGCCGCUGUCCCCAAUCUCCCUCGCGUCGGACUCUUCCAAGGUGAGGAAGACUGACGUUCCCGGAAUAACAGUGAUGGAGGUCCAGGAAGAGGAGGAGGAGGAGGAGGUGGUGCACGCAAUCAUUCUUCCCAACUAUUGCGAGGACUUGCACACCCUGGAGACCACUCUCAAGGUGCUGGCCAGCCACCCACGGGCCAAGACGCAAUAUGAAGUGUAUCUGGCUAUGGAGCAGAAAGAGACCACCGCCACCGUCAAGGCAUCCCAUCUGGUGGCCAUGUUCGAAAAGUCUUUUCUCCACAUUCGACCCACCUUCCACCCCACAGGAAUUCAAGGCGAGAUUGCGGGCAAGAGCUCCAAUGUGGCCUGCGCCGCGCGCAGCAUUGUUGAGAUCCACCGGCCGGAGCUGAAGAUGGACUGCUGCAAUGUUGUUGUCACAGUCAUGGACGCGGACACCCACCUUUCCCGCGAUUACUUCACCGAGAUUCGUCGCAUGCACUAUUCGUACAUCACCGAAGCAGACCGAACUAUCUACUGCUGCCCCAUCAUUUUCGACCGCAACUCCCACGAGAGCCCUGUUCUCGUCCGAUGUGCUGAUCUGCUCUGGGGCUUCGCCGGCCUGUCCACCAUGUACCCGGGGACCUGGAUCUCUAUCCCCACCUCAGUCUACUCACUGCCUUUGUCACUGGCCGAAAAGGUCGGAGGAUGGGACAGUGAUCCGACCGCUAUUGGCGAGGAUAUGCACAUGCUGCUCAAAUGCUACUUCGAGACUGCGGGCAAUGUCGUCUCGCGCGUGAUCUGGAUCCCCGCCAGCCAAUGCAAUGUCUCCAGUGACCGUGGCCGUGGCUGGCGGCGUACCCUUGACACCCUUUUCGCCCGGUACCGCCAGGCACUGCGGCACAUGUGGGGAGCACUGGACUCGGGCUUUGCGGCGCGCCGGACAAUGGGCUAUCUCCGCUUCCACCAGCGAUGUCUCUUCCUGCGCCCACGGCAUUUUGCCCUCCUCGAGUUACUCUGGGAAGCGCACUUCAUGCCCUGCCACCUGACCAUCAUCAUGUUGUUCUCCGUCUUAUACCCUCUCUGGGUUCCGGUGUCCGAACUGCACCCCUCCCUUGCCUGGGCUUUCUCGUUCACCGAUCUCCUGCGCGCGCUCUCCUUCAUCGGGAUGAACAUCUGCCUGAGUCUCUAUGAGCGCUGGCACACGCUGUGCCUUAACACUCGAAUGCAGGACAUGCGCGACGCAAACUUGCAUGACACCGGCUGCUCCCCGCGCGUCUGGUACAAGCCGCAGUACCUGCUGGAUCGUGUGUGCUUCCCCAUAGCGGGUACUAUUUACGGAGCCGUGCCGACCCUGCACGCCGUGUUUGCGCACUUCUGGACGGACCGGCUCGUGUAUCGCGUCAGCAAGAAGCCGACUUUCAACCAAGACGCGGUGGCCCUAGCAUGA